AUGUCGUCGCUCGAGAAGACUUACGAGUAUUUUGCCACUCAGACCGACGCGGCCGGCGCCAAGGCGAUGGACGUGCGGGACGUCGUGCGCGCGGUGGUGCCCACCUACCCGGCCAGCGACGGCGCCGCGGAGCGCGCGGGCUUCUUGGACGGCGAGCGCGGGCAGGUGGUGCAGGGCAGCAUGGAGCGGGAGCCCCGCGGCAGCACAUUCCGCGUGCUGGACGACGACGGGGACGGCGUGAUCAGCUUCCAGGAGUUUCGGCUGGUGGUGCUGCUGCUGUCCAUACCCGAGGCCGACAUCCAGGUGGUGUUCAGUGUGAUCGACCUUGACGACUCGGGCUCCAUAUCGAUCGACGAAUUCGAUGUGGUGGGCAGCAACUCGGGGGUGCUCUCCGAGCUAGAGCGGCGUGCGGGGCUGCAGGCGCGCUUCCACUCGCGGGCCGGCAAGCAUGACAACGUCGGCGCCUGCGGUCCUGUGCCUGACGCCAAGGCGCCGGGCAACAUUGCCAAGGCGCUGUUUGGCAAGAACCUCAGGGGCGGCCUCGACCUCAAGCGCUUCAAGGCGUUCCUCCACCAGCUGCAUGCUGACGUCACCCGGCUGGAGUUCUCGCACUACGACGUCGACGGCGACGGCUACAUCAGGGGCCUGGACUUUGGGAUGAGCAUCGCCGGCGCCGCCGACAUCAAGUCCGCGGACUGCUACCUGGACAAGGCGCGCAGGGGCUGGGAAGACAGGGGGUGA